AUGUGCCUCAAACUCUUUUAUCCACUUGUGGUGCUUUUGCUGCACAUGAGCCACCUUGGAUUUGUUUCCGGACUACGGCGUGGGGCUACUAAUAUCAGGUGCAUAGAGAAGGAAAGGCAGGCUCUCCUUGCGGUAAAACAAGGUCUCGUGGGCAAUCAUUCACUUUCUUCAUGGGGAAGCAACGCGUCAACAGAUUGUUGCAAAUGGGAAGGAGUCAAUUGUAGCAACCAAACUGGUCAUGUUACUCAACUUGAUCUUUCUUACAUAGGGCAAGUCUUACCUCUGCCAGGUAAGAUUAGUCCUGAACUUUUUGAGUUGCAGCAUUUGGAAUAUUUGAACCUCAGUUUCAACGACUUCGGUCAUAACCAAAUUCCAAAAUCUAUUGGUUCUCUAAGCAAUUUAAAAUUUCUCGACCUCUAUGACUCUAAUUUUGGUGGUGAAGUACCAUAUCAGCUUGGAAACCUUACACAGUUGCAAUUUCUUGAUCUUGGAGGGCUCAAUUACUUUACUAAUCCGAAAAACCUCAAUUGGCUCCCUCAUCUUUCUUCUUUAACAUCCCUGAACUUAGAUUCGAUGAAUCUCAGUAAUGUUUUAGAUUGGCCAAAAGUAGUUGAUAAGCUCCCUAAACUACAAUCGUUGGAAUUAUGGUACUGUGAUCUUCCUAUUCCAAUUCUUUCAUCUCUUUCUCAUAUAAACACUUCUAAAUCUCUUUCUUCAGUUGAUCUCUCUGCCAACCAUCUCACCUUUUCAAUAUUCCAUUGGUUGUCAACCUACAAUACAAGCCUUGUUUCCGUUGACCUUUCUGAAAACAACUUAAGUGGUUCAAUUCCUGAUGUUUUCGGCAACCUGACUUCUCUCCUGCAUCUAAGUCUUGCUGCUAACUCAAUAGAAGGACAACUCCCAAAAGCCAUUGGCCAGUUAUGCAGUUUGCAAUCAUUGGACCUUUCUCACAACAACUUAAGUGGUUCAAUUCCUGAUGUUUUCGGCAACCUGAGUUCUCUCCUGGAUCUAUAUCUUGGUUUUAACUCAAUAGAAGGACAACUCCCAAAAACAAUUGGCCGGUUAUGCAGUUUGCAAUCAUUGGACCUUUCUCACAACAACUUAAGUGGUUCAAUUCCUGAUGUUUUCGGCAACUUGAGUUCUCUCCUGCAUCUGCGUCUUGAUGUUAACUCAAUAGAAGGACAACUCCCAAAAACAGUUGGCCGGUUAUGCAGUUUGCAAUCAUUGGACGUUUCUCACAACAACUUAAGUGGUUCAAUUCCUGAUGUUUUCGGCAACCUGAGUUCUCUCCUGGAUCUAUUUCUUGGUUUUAACUCAAUAGAAGGACAACUCCCAAAAACAGUUGGCCGGUUAUGCAGUUUGCAAUUAUUGGACCUUUCUCACAACAACUUAAGUGGUUCAAUUCCUGAUGUUUUCGGCAACCUGAGUUCUCUCCUGGAUCUAUAUCUUGGUUUUAACUCAAUAGAAGGACAACUCCCAAAAACAAUUGGCCGGUUAUGCAGUUUGCAAUCAUUUGACCUUUCAAGAAAUAAUCACAGUGGUGAGUUUUCGGAGUUUAUUAAUCAAGUAUUAUUUGGCUGUGCUGGGAACUCAUUAACAUCAUUAUAUCUCUCUGGCAAUCAACUGACUGGAAGAAUACCUGAAAGAAUAGGUUCAUUGUCCAACUUGGAAGAUUUGAAUGUUAGUAUGAACUCUUUGACAGGAGUGAUUACGGAAGCUCAUUUCUCAAACCUCUCCAAACUGCAAAAGUUGGAUUUAUCUUCCAAUUCACUAACUUUGAACAUUCGUUCUGAUUGGCUUCCUCCUUUUCAACUUGUUAGAAUAAGCUUAAUGUCUUGCAAAAUGGGGCCAUAUUUCCCAAAAUGGCUUCGAACAUCUCUGAGAAGCUUUAACGAGCUUGAUCUUUCUGAUGCUGGAAUUUCUGAUAUCAUUCCAAGCUGGUUUCAAGAUAACUCUAUGAAAGUCUCUCAAUCUCUUGUUUUAAAUCUGAGUUCAAACCAAUUGAAAGGGCCAAUUCACUCGCUACCAUCAGGACUGGUAUAUGUGGAUCUGUCCAGUAAUAAACUUUCAGGGAGGAUCUCUUUUUUGUGUACAAGCAAAGAUAGAAAUUUAAAAUUUCUUGAUCUAUCAAACAAUUCUUUCUCCGGAGAACUUCCAAAUUGUUGGAAGCAUUUAGAAAAUCUAAUCAUUCUUGACUUGAGUAACAAUGCUUUUUCUGGAAAAUUUCCUAUUUCAAUUGGUUCCCUAGCUUCUCUUGAAACAUUGAAGCUUAGCAAGAACAAUUUUGCAGGAGAAUUGCCUUCAUCCUUGAAGAAUUGUACAAACUUACAAUUUUUUGAUAUUGGAGAAAAUAGGAUCACAGGAAUGAUACCUGAAGGGAUGGGGAUUAGCUUUUCCAAGUUGGCUAUCCUCAUUCUUCGAUCUAAUCAAUUUAGUGGAAGCCUGCCUUUGGAAUUAUGCCAUCUGAAAGACAUUCAACUUUUGGAUUUGUCUAGGAACUGCUUCUCUGGUACCAUACCUCAAUGCCUGAACAAUCUGACUACUUUGGCUCAAAAAGGAAGUUCAAGCCUAAGCAUCAUGCACUCUGUAUUUGCAACAAUUUCUUAUGUACAUUACGAAGAUGAUGCAUCUUUAAUAUGGAAAGGAAGAAUGUACGUGUACAAAAGCACAUUGGGACUUGUAAAGAGCAUUGAUUUCUCAAGCAACAGAUUAGAUGGGGAGAUUCCUCGUCAAAUCACUGAUCUAAUUGGAUUGGUUUCUUUAAAUCUAUCAAGAAACUAUCUAACAGGUCAAUUGCCUCCUCAAAUUGGGAAGUUGCAGUCGUUAGACUUCCUCGAUCUGUCAAGAAACCAUAUAUAUGGAAGAAUCCCUACAAGCCUUUCUCAGAUUUAUGGUCUUGGUGUCUUGGACUUGUCGAAUAACAACUUAUCAGGUAAAAUCCCAAUAGGUACUCAGCUUCAAAGCUUUGAUCCCUCUACUUAUGCAGAAAAUCCUCAACUCUGUGGACUUCCACUACAAAAGACCUGCCCUACAGGAGAAACAUGGUCCAAACAAGUUCCUAAAGAAGAAAAGGAUGAGCUUAUAUCGUUCGGAUUUUAUGUCAGCAUGGGGCUUGGGUUUGUUGUUGGAUUUUGGGGAGUUUGUGGCAGUUUGAUAUUCAACCGGUCAUGGAGAUACACAUACUUUGGUUUCUUGAAUGUUUUAAGGGAUUGGCUUUAUGUGAGGGCAAUGUUGAUUAGGCGGCAAAGAAUGCUUUGA